CGGGCCGCCGGCGACAGUUGGAGGCUCGGGCGGGAAACUCGAGCCGCGGGUGAAGCCUCUGCUCCGGCGAAUGGGCGCCUUAGUGUUCGCUUCCAGUGGAUAGAAGCGCUCUCCUCACAGAGGCCACAGAGACCCCCCACCCCACACACACACCCACACACACACUGUAUACCCGGCAGGGCAUCCGAAGAAGAUGACGACGAGGGUCACGCGAGAGCUGCUGCUCGCAAAGGGGACUCCGAAAUGCGCGCACUUGAGACACGUCAAGAAGAUCGACCUUUCUAAUCUGCAGCUGAGCACAAGUGAUUUGGAUCCACGGUUGCUUUCGCAGAUGACGAGGCUGAAAGAACUGAACGUGUCGGGAAAUCUGUUGAGUGAGAUUCCACCCAAUUUGGGACUUGUCGAGCUGCGAGUCCUCAACUGUGCCAAUAAUCAGCUGGAGGAUAUUAUGUCACUGAGCCAGUUCCCACACCUCGAGGAUCUCAUCUAUGAAGACAACUUGUAUUUGACAAUUAGCGACCACUACAAGAUGAUGUAUAUGUUGUCGAAUCUGCAACGCAUCAAUGGAAAGGAUAUAACAUCCAGUGCAAAUCACCUGAGGUUCGUCAACAGCCGAGAACUAAUGGCUCGAGUAACUUCUUUUUGGGAGAAAAACUAUAAGGACCAGUUCUCAGAUCCACCCAGCCCUGAGGAGAUAAGAGAGGUUGGGAAAGCCUUUGUGAAAUCUGCAGUGGCUAAAGUUAAUUAUGGGCCAAAUUCCCUACGUGAAUUUACAAAAUGGAGGGUGGAAACGAUUGCAACUGAACUUGUGGCCUCUCUGGAACAGAAUGAGAAGGAAGAGGCCUCGGACUCCGAGGAGAAUAAAAGUGAGGAGGAGGAGGAUGAAGAUGAUAUUAAUGUUAAUUUUGAGAAAUAUCAGAAUGACAGCAAAGACACACCCAGGAAGAGUAUGAGAAUUCAGCAUCAGAGAGAAGGACAAAUGCUCUCCACACCUCAGAGCUCUAAGUCGAGGAGUGGAGUUGCAAAGCAAAAUGAAACCAGAACAAGUCUCAGAAAGAGAAAUCACUCCAUGACACCAGGGACCCUGGCUGAAGAGAAGAGGACUCCAAGAAAGAAAUCAAAGUGCAAGACACCAAUUGCUCUGGAACCUUUACAUUUUCUACAGAGUCACAGCAAGAAUAACAAUCCUGACGAUUUCAGCACCCAGUUGUGGGCCUGUGCCUUUGAACCAGAAUCCAACAGCACUCAAAUUCUAGAUGCAGGGCUGCAGUCGUCUCGCACUGUUGCUACAUGUGGAGGGGAUUCUGUCUGUGUCAUCGACUGUGAGACUGGGAAGGUCCAGCACAAGUACAAAUCUAUGGGAGAGGAGUUCUUCUCCUUGGCAUGGACUACCUUGACUGUGGUUGACAAGGGUCAUAGACGGAAACUCAACAUCUUGGCUGUAGGCGGACGGAAAGGCGUAGUUAAAUUGAUUCACACAAGGGUGAAUUACUGUUAUGGACAGAUAAAGGCCCAUAAGAAGCCAAUAUCUACCCUUUGCUUCAACCCAAAGAGGGAGACCUUCCUCUUCACUGGGUCCUACGAUGAAAGCAUCAUCUUGUGGGAUAUUGGUGUGCCAGACUGUGAUUAUAACUUCAAAGUCAGUCAAUUGCUGACUUUGAAAGUUUGUUCGACUCCGUUGAGGGUGAGCCUCGUCCCAACGUGUCCUGAUCAGUAUUUAGUGGCUGCGUCUGAUAAUGGCUGUUUUGCCUGGGAUAUAACGCUCUCAAAACGUGAUGGCAAAAGACAAAUCGAGAUGGAGUUUGUGUUUCCAAUUUAUGAGGACGAAGAUGCUGAUGGUAACUUCCAUAUGGUUGAUUCCUUGGCUUUCUGCAAUCAAGAUCUUGUGGCCUCCAAGAACUUGAUGCAAGGAUCAAUCUAUCUGUGGAGCUGGAGUCGAACGCUAAAAGCUCGGAGGAAACAAAGUAAGAAAGUGAAUGCAGUGAUUCUCUGGGAGAUGGAGUGGUCCAAGACAGAUGUGCCCUAUAUCUCCCUCUUUACCUGCCCAGAGGAAAAUCGUAUCCUGUGUGGGGAUGAGAAGGGGGAUGUUUGGAUGUAUGAACUGCCUGAGUUCAGCAAGGAAGAGAAGACUUCUGGAACUAAGUUCUCACCAACACAGAUUCUGCAAUGGCCGGCUGUGAGGGUACAAGGGAACAUAAUCGAAGGCAGCUUGAUAAACAGUGUGACCACAGACCCAGGAUUUAGGUACCUGAUAGCAAUAACGGACAAGAACAUUAUCGCCAUUUGGAAAAGAACAUGAUCAGCCAAAAGAACCGAGCAUCACCAGUUCUGUAGGAGGCUAAUCGGACACCUUGACUACAGAAGGAUCAAUCUGAUCAUAUCUGGUAUUGGAGUGCCUUAUGAUCUUGCAUCAGAAUGUCUUCAUCAAAAGAAAUGUACCUUUUUAAAAACGUUCAGCUAAAAGGUUUGUUAAAUGACUAAUAAUAAUGAUUCUUGCAUUUGAUAUAGCGCCUUAUCACAAUU